GGUGGCAACCGAGGGUCGCCCUGGCAACGCCCCUAACAACGGAGCUUGAGCAGGCCGGAGCCCGGAGGCUGGAGUAGCGGCGGCAGCGGUAGGCCAGGCGAGGCAGGGGGAGCCCGGAGCCAGUGGCGAAGCGGGGUCCGGUGGCGGCGGAGGAGAGACAGCGGAGGCGGAACCUUCAUCGCGCGGAACCUUUGUGCGGGGCUGCGGCGGCGGGAGUUGCCCGGGGACGUUGGCGGGGAGCCGGGGCCGGAGCGGGGGGCUGCGCGAUGUUCAAGAACACGUUCCAGAGCGGCUUCCUCUCCAUCCUCUAUAGCAUCGGCAGCAAACCGCUGCAGAUCUGGGACAAGAAGGUGAGGAAUGGCCACAUUAAGAGGAUUACAGACAACGACAUCCAGUCCCUGGUGUUGGAGGUUGAAGGAACCAAUGUGAGCACCACAUACAUCACCUGCCCAGCGGACCCAAAGAAGACCCUGGGCAUCAAGCUGCCCUUCCUUGUGAUGAUCAUCAAGAACCUGAAGAAAUACUUCACAUUCGAAGUCCAGGUGCUGGAUGACAAGAAUGUGCGACGGCGCUUCCGGGCCAGCAACUACCAGAGCACGACACGGGUGAAGCCCUUCAUCUGCACCAUGCCCAUGAGGCUGGACGAUGGCUGGAACCAGAUCCAGUUUAACCUGUCCGACUUCACCCGCCGAGCCUACGGCACCAACUACAUUGAAACGCUGCGAGUACAGAUUCACGCCAACUGUCGUAUCCGGCGGGUUUACUUCUCCGACAGGCUGUACUCGGAGGACGAGCUCCCCGCAGAGUUCAAGCUGUACUUACCAGUGCAGAAUAAAGCCAAGUGAGCUGUGAGAACAGAACGGAGUAUCUACUGACUGUCAGAGGUUUGUUUCCCUCACCGUCUCAUCUGCGCCGUCCGAAGGAGAAACCCUUAGGAAAGUGAAUGCUUUGUAUAUUUUCAUUUAAUAUAAACCCAUUGUUUAAGCAGUGUUUGUUUUGCCUUUAAUAUUGUAUCUUUUAUUAGAAAUAAAGUUCUC